AUGAAUCUCAAGUAUGUAGUGUUAGAAGGGACCAUACCUUCUCAUGGAGAGACAGUAUUUGAGUACCAUGGCAAAGACCCAAGGUUCAAUGAGGUCUUCAGCAAGGGCAUGUUCAACCAGACCACCAUGCUUAUGAAGAUGAUUCUUUCCCAAUACAAAGGCUUUGACAGCCUCAAGGUGCUUGUGGAUGUGGGUGGUGGCUUUGGCGCCAACCUUGCCAUCAUCCUCUCCAAUUGUGAUUGUUUGCAUGCAGGAGUUGAGUUUGUAGGGGGAGACAUGUUUGAAAGUGUUCCAAGUGGUGAUGUUAUCUUUCUGGAGUGGAUACUUCAUGAUGGGAUCGAGCAUUGUGUGAAGAUAUUGAAGAACUGUCCGAAAGCAUUGCCUGAUAAUGGAAAGGUGGUUGUUGUAGAGAUUAUUGUUCCAGAAUAUCCAGAAGUGAAUGAUGAAACAAGCCGUAGUUUUAUUGUUGAUCUUAUCAUGUUAGCUAACAAUCUCGGAGGGAAAGAGAGGACUAUGAAGGAGUUUGAGUGCCUUGCCAAAGAUACUGGAUUCUCAACGUUUAAAGCUUACUAUUUAUGGCUUUUGGAUUAUCGAAUUCUCCAAUUAGGUGGAACUUGUUAUAAGGGUUGGUCCCUUUGA